AUGAAGGUAUCAGUUGCGCUUAUCACGUCCUUUGCCGUGGCUCUCGUGAGAGGCCAAGCAGCCGGUUACUCACAGUGUGGAGGACAAGGUUGGACUGGAGCAACAACUUGUGCAUCAGGAUUCACAUGCACCUAUUCAAAUGUCUACUACUCGCAAUGCGUGCCAGGCUCAGGAGCCACAACUUUAACAACAAGUACCAAGGUUGCUUCUACCUCAACAACUAAGGCAGGCACUUCGACUGCGAGCUCCGCCAGUGCGCCUGCGAGUACAGCUACAACCAUAACUAGUUAUGCCAAAGCCGCAGGCACUGUAUUCGAAAUCAAUGGAAAGAAGACAUACUUUGCAGGAACCAACUGUUACUGGUGUGGUUUCUUGACCAACAACGCAGAUGUUGACUUGGUUAUGUCUCAUCUUGCUGCUUCUGGACUUAAAGUGCUUCGAGUCUGGGGCUUCAAUGACGUCACGUCAACACAAGGCUCUGGUAGCGUUUGGUAUCAAUCUUUCAUUGCAGGGCAAUCACCAGUAAUCAAUACUGGUGCCAAUGGCCUUCAGCGACUCGACUACGUAGUACAAUCGGCUCAAGCUCACGGAAUCAGUCUCAUCAUCAACUUUGUCAACAACUGGACCGAUUACGGAGGAAUGCAAGCAUAUGCUACAUACUUUGGCAUUUCCUUGACAGAUUGGUACACCAACGAAGCAGCUCAAGCACAAUACAAAGCAUACAUUGCUGCAGUAGUAGCUCGUUACAAGACAAACACCGCAGUUUUCGCUUGGGAGCUUGCCAAUGAACCUAGAUGUACUGGAUGUGCUACCUCAGUCAUCACCAACUGGGCGACAACCAUCUCUAAAUACAUCAAAUCUCUCGACCCUAACCAUAUGGUUACAGUCGGAGACGAAGGAUUCGGUCUCACCGUAGCAAACGAUACCUCCUACCCAUUCACUUCAGGCCCUGGAACAUGGUUCACCGAUCUCCUUGCCAUCCCUACUAUUGAUUUCGCUACCAUUCAUCUCUACCCAGGCUCAUGGGGAGAAGUUGACUCUUGGGGAUCUUCUUGGAUCUCUAGUCAUGCUAAUGUCACCUCCCUUGCUGGCAAACCACUCGUUUUGGAAGAAUAUGGUACCGACACCCAUCUCAAUGAAUUAGCAUGGCAAGGAACUGCUCUUGAUACCGACACUGCUGGAUCUAUGUACUGGCAAUACGGAGAUACUCUUUCCACGGGAAAGACUUCGGACGAUGGAAACACCAUUUACUAUGGAACAGAUGAAUACACAACUUUGGUACUCAACAAUGCCGCUGCUAUGAACGCAAAGGCCGUUCCAUAA